AUGGAGGGAACUCAAACCUCGUCAUACUGCAUCGUUGUAGACAAAAAAAGCCAGUCUAAAUUCGUAUGUUAUACACGCCAGAAAUCUGGUAUAUACCGCGUGUGUUUGACAGACGCCACUGGUGUGUGGAGCAAAGAUUUCACCAAAGAUACAUUGAGUCAACUUAGUCAGAGGUUUGCCUUGAAAUCUGCAGAGGAUUGCAUCGUAAAAAUCAGGUCUGCCUGCUGUACAGGGAGCGUGUCUGUUUUUGUGCAGGACUCCAGCAUGGUGCUCCAUGUGGACUCCAGUCCAGGAGACCUGAGUCUGAAUCUCUCCAUGCUAGAGGAACCAGAUGCCAAAGAAGAACUCAGAGAACUGCUCUUCCAAAUGGCAGACUGUCUGUCUCAGUCUGGUGGUGCAGUAGGGUCUCCUUCCGUCAGUCCAGAGAAAAAUCAGUCCCGGCGGCACACAGUUUUAGAUUUUGAACCGAGGAGACAGAGGACAGGGCCCUCUGUGUCAGUGAAGAAGCGGCUGCCGGGGGAUUCCCUCAUCAACCCAGGAUCCAAGAAAAAGCGGCAAGCAACUGGCGUGGCCUUCGAUGAAGCAGAUGAUUGAGACGAGGGAAGUUGGGACUUUUGUCCUCCGUGUAGUGACAUCAGUUCACACAGGAAUAGCUGGCUUUUAAUCCACAAAUCUAUUGUGUUGCAACACGUUUUUAAUACUAUUUAUUGCAGUCUACAUGACGAAAUUACCAUUCUUUAAGGGUUUCUGUUUGUGUCUCCUUCAGAGAGGAAAUGUGUCUGUGUAUUCUAAUGCUUAGGCCAUCCGUUUUGCGCUCGGCCGCAUAGGGUGUCCCGUUUGUUUUAGGGAUCGAGGGGUAGGGGUCCUUUAGCCCUCAGUGGCCCUCCAAACGGAGGGGUUUCAGAUGCAGACUACAAACGGAGCAGUAGAAGGAAAUUCCCUGGG